GUUUUAUCUGCAAUGGUUUGCUUGUCAUUAUGAAGUACUCACCUGUUGACUUCUCACACAUUUACCACGCGCGGUGCGGUCGCAACAUGAAACUGUGGUUUGUUAGAUCUUUUAUGGCUGCAUGUGUUUUCUUUAUCUACUGGAGUUUGCUGGGAUUGUUAUCAUCUGAGGACUGGAGCAUAUUUCAGAGGGCUACGGAUGUAAGCUGGAUUGUUAACGAAAUCGCUGAAGAGGAAGUGCCAUCCUGCUCUUUGAGACGUAUCGUAAAGCAGGAAGACAGUCUGAAAAAAAUUUUUAGCUUCUCAGUGCCUGUCCUGCAGUGGCGUGAUUCUUAUAUUUACUCACAUUGGCAAACGCUCCAGAGUGAACCGCUGCCCUACGGCUGGAAGGACCAGCCUUUCCAUGAAAUUGGCAAGACUCUUUCAUUGCUUUCACAUCCUGGCAACAGUCGUCUGUUUGAGCGGAAAACGCCGGAUGCAUGUCUGCGUUGUGCCGUGGUGGGUAACGGAGGUAUCCUCAAAGGAUCCGGGCAGGGGAAGGUCAUAGACAGUCACGAUUAUGUUUUCAGAGUUAAUGGGGCAGUCAUCAAAGGUUUUGAAGACGAUGUUGGGACAAAGACGUCUUUCUACGGCUUCACCACCAACUCCCUCAAGAACUCCAUUAUGGCGUAUUACGAAGACGGGUUCGACCAGGUGCCACGUGACCCGGGCAUUGGAUAUAUUUUUAUACCCGCGGAAACACGAGACUAUACGAUGUUGUCAGCUGCCAUCCAGGGUGUGUCUGUACCCUCCGGACCUGAUAAAGGUGUAAGGGCCUUGGAUAUUUUUGGAUAUAAUCCUGAAAUACAUCAGUUCAAGAUGAUCCAUCCAUCCUUCGUUCAUUAUGUGACUCAGAGGUUUCUGAAAUCCCCUCAGCUGGAUGAAUUCAGGGAUAUUUACAUGCCCAGCACGGGUGCUCUAAUACUCCUGACUGCUUUACACACAUGUGACCAGGUCUCUGCGUAUGGCUUCAUCACAGACAAUUACUUGAACUACUCAGACCAUUACUAUGACAAGGUCAUGAAGCCUCUGAUCUUCUAUGCCAACCAUGACAUGAUGAUGGAGGGACGUUUGUGGAAGCAGCUGCACUCUCAUAAGGUCUUGUGGCUCUAUCAGAGACAAGAAACAAGAAAAUGAUGUCCCUUCAGUGAAUCUUUGGACAUGGGAGGAAAAAAUGAAAUCGCCAAAGAAGUAUUUUGGAUUAAUCUGUUAAAAAUGUCAGAUUAAUUCAAAGAUCUGAUGCUGUUUUGUUACGCCAUGCUUUUCAGGCAACAUUUACAGGUAAGGCAACAUCACUGAGAAGGAAUUCCAGUCUGGUUUCCCAUCACAAAACCAGCACAGAGACUGUAUUCAUUUGAAUACUGCUGGUUCUGGCAGUUUAGAUCAUAUACAGAAGAAAUGGGUUCCUGUGAGAACAUAGGAAACUAUAAAUGGACCUCUAUGAUGUGGCGUCCCCCAGGGUUCAGUCCUUGGACCUCUCCACUUCAGUCUGUAUAAUGUGUACAUUUAUAUUGUCAUGCCAAAAAUGUAUUAGACCAAUCGUUCUUCAUUGGUACUGUAUAGCAUUCAUGAGGAUAGAUAAAGAUAAAGAAACAAAAUAUGUCUCCAAAAGUCAAAACCAUCCUGAAAUUUGACAAGACACCCACUUUUUUUUGCUGCCAAAUGACUGAAGCUUGUCAAUAUCCACCUUUUUCUGCUCUAAACAAUGCGCGCUGCCAUGACGACGAUGUCGGUAGUCAACUUCCGGUUCGAGUCUGGUCUAUUUUUUUGCCAUGUGUUUUAGAUUGUGUCAUCCCCACAUCGCUAAACUAAAUCGAAAAAAACAUUCAUCAAAUGUGAU